UAGUUGAUCUCGCCUCGAGGUAAACACGAGGCAGAUGUUCAGAUCGACCCUUCUUCACUCUCCUUUGUCUUCUCAAAAAUUAUAUACCAAGCACCGCCAAUCACACCACAUGCAUAUCUACCGCAACUAAUCUUACUCAAUCCCAUAAAUUUCCGAACAGCCGUAUCUUCCCUGAUCUUCUGCUUUCUACAUUCCUAUCAUGGACCAAUCCUAAACGCGAUAUCGUCUUUUUCAGGAAAUUUGGGAAUUGCCAUCCCUCAGCGCUCCAUGCCGCACGAGUCACUAAUCGAAUCAUAUACUUCCCCUACAAAAAUUCAGCAAUCAUCUCUCAUCUACUCAAUCAAUGCCUCCAAAACGACGAACAGCAGCAAAGAGCGCUCCGGCGCCUGCAAAGCCAGCAGCCCCCCAACCUAAACCAACAGCGACUCCAGCUGUCAAACAAGCUGUGCCCCCUCCCCCACCCCCUCCGCCGCCUCCACCAGUCGAAACCCCUUCAGCCAAAGUCCGCAAGGAAUGGCAAAAUUUUAUCUCAACGUGGUACGAACCAGAGAAGAAAAAACUCUCAGACCAACUCACCAAAGAGCUCGACGCGAAAUACAAGAAAAAAAUUCAACAAAACACUCGUCACGCAGAGAUGGAGAAAAGACUCUCCGAGAUCACAACUCAACUUGCUGAACCCGCUCAUGAUGAGUGGAACAGUCGUCUCGCUGCUGUGCAGCUCCGCGUAGACGAUUGGACAGAUAUCACACAAGAGGAACAACAGUCUGUCAUCAACGUCUUCAACGCUUUUUAUGAAGACAAUGAAGAAGAGGAUUCCACUCCCUUCGACUCCAAUGAAUUAGACGAGUUAGUGGCGUCGGCGGUUGAAGAACCUCAACUCGGGGAUUCUUCUCCUUUCUUCACAUCCCGUCAAUCGCCACCAACACCCAUUACAGCCAAUUUCCAGCUCGUAAAUCCCUCUUCCUUCUUCACAGACACAAUCUCCCCCGCGAAGCAAGCCAGAAAAUUGCCGGAGCUUGCCAUGGACAACUUGGCAACGCUUAACAACCUAAACACAGGUCGCACACCGGCUGACCACGGCCAAAGCAGCGCAGUAUUCGGCUUCCAAGGCUGGGCCUCCGAAGCUGGCUUAGCAAUCCCCCAAAGCACCUCCCAAUCCCAGUCCACCAACAGAAAUCGCGCAACAGAUAACAUCUCCCGGCAAACAUCCGCGUCCGCAGCUUCAUCCGCAUCUCCUCCCCUCUUCUCAUCUCACUCCCCCCCUCAACCCACAACUAAAAUAUCCCCCCUAUCUGCCACACACACACUUCUCCCAGGCAAACGCUACAUCGGGCCUGUUAUCGCCGAAGAGGAAGCCGAGCCGAUCGAUGAAGAACUUCUCAAAGCGAAAAUGGCCGCCGAUUUCCUCGAGUUCAAGAUGGAAGUGCGGAUUCAGAUGAUCCAGCAAUUCCACGCAAAGGCAUCUGCUAUCGAGAUCGAACUCGCGAGGCAGCUCGAGAGCAACAAUAGCACUUGCUCUAGAGAGAGCAGACUCCUCACAUUGCAUGAACAUGAGGAGAACAUGCUGUCGCUUCGCGAGUCCAAGGAGCUCGAGAGGAAGAAGUUGUGUGAUAAGGAACGCGAUCGGAGGUUGCAGGAACAUAGGUUUUUGCAGCAAGUUGCUGCUCAGAAGGCGAUUAAUCAGACCCGCUCAAACGCGAGCGCUUCGUCUUCGAAAAUUCCUCCCGCCUCGCAGGCAGGGUGGACGUCUCACCCCGCUCCUAAACUCGCUAGUCAGAAAGAGAACCUCUCUACAGGCAGCUUGCCUACAAAGCCUGAUCCCCCCAGUAUACUCAAGAAGUCUGCCAGCGCACGCUCUCACGAUAUCAUCCCCGGCUUUGACGAAGCUGCAUUCUUGAAGGAUCAAGCUGAAGCUGCGAGCUUCGCGAAAGGCAAACAGCCUGCUUCUACCACCCCGUCAAGUCGACCUAGCGCGCUCAAAAAGACAGAAAGCACAAGCUCGCAGGACGAGCCUGUUGAACUACCCGCACCUCCCACCGCAAAGGGCAAAAAGGGCAAGAAGACGCCGGGCGUCACUCAACAGCCCAAAACAGUCACUUUCACCCAAGAGCUCGAUGCCGACGCGGAGCCUCCUCCAGUUUGGGGUGCGAAGAGUGCAAAGGCUUCGGUGUCUUCCAAGUCUGUCAUGAUCGAGGAGGAGCCGGAUGAAGAUGCUGAUCCCUUGUUUUCUGCGUGGAACACCAAGACUGCACGUGCUACUACGCCUGCGCCGGCUGCUAAAAAGGGCAAGGCUGCGGUCGUCGAAGAGGUGGUUGUCGAGCCUGCUCCUCCUGUGAUCUCUACUCCUAGUUGGGGUUCCGCUAGCGGUUGGGGUUCGGUAGCAGCGGGGAAGAAAGGCAAGGGCCCGAUUGUAUCCACAGAACCUACGGAAGAUCCUUUCCAAACGAGGACCGCGUCGGGGAAGAAGGGCAAAGCCCAAGCCCCGAUUAUAUCAGCAGAGCCCAUGGAAGAUCCCUACCAGACGUGGACCGCGCCGAGUGGUGCAUGGGCGACCAAGAAAACAAAGGUCACCGUUACUGAAGAGCUUGAUGAAGAAGAGAUGGCUUGGGGUGUUGGGCUCAAGGGUGCGUUGUCGUCGAGCAAGCAGGCGAAGAAGGUGGUGUCGCAGCUGGAGACGCAGCCAGAGACUCGUCGCGGUGUCCAAUCCUCUUCGAAAUCUGCGAUGGUCCAAGAUGUCGGCGAGGAAGAGGAGGAGGAGGAAGAAGAAGAGGAAGAAGAGGGGGAGGAGGAAUGGGACCAGAUCCAACCCGCGUCUGCCAUACCAGAUACCACCGGUGAAGCAGAAAGCGAUGGGUGGGGAUCUUCCUACUGGAGCAACCUCGCCAAGGGUCAGCCCAUCGCACAAGCCACAGACGAAUCCUCCCCACAUAUGCUAUGGACGCCAUCGAUGGAAGCCGAAGAGAGCGGCGACGAAGAUUUAGGCGAAAGCAUAGAGAGCGCUCUCUGGAUGCAAUACGCCAUCAGUGGAGGCGAGAUCGCUGGCUUCGAGGCUCCUGACCCGCAAGAGAACGUCCAUGCCCAUGCACACGCUCAUGUUCCUGUGAAAAGCACCCCCGCCGCUUCUCACAAAAAGACCACCAACGACCCAACCACGAGCAUCUGGGAGCAAGGGAAAGGAAAGAAAAAAUCAACGCCCGCGAUCGAGACCAAGAUAGAAACGACCCGUGCGUCCAACGCUCGAACGGCCCAAUGGCCAAAGGCCAAGAUGGAAAUGGAGAAUUGGGCUUCGCGCCUAGGCCAAAGCUCAGGUUCAGCUAGACAUUUGUAAUUUCAUCAUCAGGAAGAAGGCGAAGACGGACUUAUUUUACCCUAAUGCUGUGGUCACUUGUUUGAUAGUUUUUUUUUUUGCUAUAUUGUUUUUUUUGUUUUGUUUUCGCGGCUUACUGGUUAAGCCUUGCUUUUUAUCGUAGUAGUUUGUUCUGUUUGAAUAAUGGUCGUCAAGUUUUAUGUUGUAUAUGUCGUCUAUCACUUUGCAUCGUCGUUUGGUCCUGUGAGCGAGUCGAGGGGGGAGGGAAACGAGCGGACGCGGGGUUUAGUAACAGACAUGCAUGCAUUACAUAGCUAUGGAGCUACACUAGUACGUUAACAAUGUGUUCUAACACACGUUGAGGGCAUACGUGAAAGGGCC